AUGAGCGCCUCCCCACCUACCUCGCUACCGCACAUAACGCUCCACGGCUUCCCCAAGUCCGCCAACGCGCCGAGCUUAUCAGGGUACUGCCACAAGCUGGAGACGUUUCUGCGGGCGUCAGGGUUCACGAACUACGUGCACGCAUCCUCAUCGACGACGUCCUCGGCGCCCAAAAAGAAGCUUCCGUACAUAACUUUGACGACCGCCUCGGGUGUUUCCACGCACUCUGACUCGCACUUCAUCGUGCAGCACCUCCUCGCCACGGGCAUAGUCCGCGACAUCGACGCCGAAGACGCGGUGCUGGCGCCGCAUCAGCGCGCUGACUCCCGCGCGUACAUAGCGUGGACUGAGGAGCUCGUCUACCUCGCGGUAGUCCACACGCGCUGGGCGCGCGACCAUAAUUUUGCCGUGGUGGCGGCGGGAUUGCCGAUGCCUGCGAUGCUGCGCGGCGUGCUGGCGUGGUGGCUCAGGUGGAAUAUCACUAGUGCGCUGUGGACCGCCGGGAUUGGAAGGCAUAGUGACGGCGAGAUCGAGGUGCUGAUGAAGGAGUAUGUGGAUGCUGUGGAGGCGAAGUUGGCAUGGGCUGAGGAGCAGGGCGCACACUGGCUGCUCGCCACGAGGAAACCGGCGCUCGUGGAUGUCGUCGUUUGGGCGUUCUUGGCGAAUGCGCUCGCGGAGAACGCGGGGAAUAGGGAGUAUGCGGCUAUGGUCCUCGCGAGGAACCCGCUCAGGAGGUAUGUGGAAAGAGGGUGUAGGCUGUGGUUUCCGGAGUAUGAAGAUUUACUGGCGGCGGUUGAGGGGGGUGCGGAGGAUGGGGGAGCUUUGGGCGAAGAAGGAACUGGAGCAUGA